AUGUCACUCAGCCCUCUCUGCAGUGACCCUGCACAGCAAAGGAUGCUGGGAAAUAAUGAGCACUUUUAUCCCGGUCAGGAUGACAAAGAUGGGGAGGAUGAGGAGGAGGAAGAGGAGCAGGGAACAGAAAACACAGACGGGGAAGACGAACGUGACACGGAGAAUGGAGGGUUAGAGGGUCUGGAGGAGGAGGAAAUGACGAGAGGACGACAAUCCUGGGAAGGGAAAGGUGGCGAGGUGGUUAAACCAGCUGCCAUAGUGAUCGGCCGACAGAGAGCGGACAGGCCGCUGAGGCCGGGCCACCGAGGAUUCGGUUACAUGUCAAAUCAAGCUCCGUUACACCAUCAAGCAGCCAAUAAGCAGCAGCAGCAGCAGCAUCCUUUCAAUGCAGCCAAUCAGCAGCCUCAUCACCCAGGCCUGAAUAUGCUGCAGAAGAGACGAGGUCUCAUGGAGCGCAGCAUGACCACGAUGGCUCCUCUAGAGGACACAUUCCUGACAAUGAUGGUGUUUCGUAUUGGAAUUCCAGACAUCAAACAAACAAGGUGUCUCCAGUUUGACCAGGACUGCACGGUGUGGAGCGCCAAGCAGCAGAUCGUCUUAACCCUCAGCGAGUCGCUGUGGGACGUCUACAACUACGGCCUCUUCCAGCCAGCUGGAGACGGACGGGACGCCAAGUUCCUGGAGGAGGAGCGGGCCCUGCGAGACUACUCCCAGUCCUUUGAGAAAGGCGUGCCUUACCUGGAGUUUAGGUACAAAACCAGAGUUUAUAAACAGACCAACCUGGAUGAGAAGGCUCUUGGAAAGCUCAGCACAAAGGCCAGUCUGAAGAAGUUCCUGGAUUAUAUUCAGACUGGAGCAACGGAGAAAAUAGCAAAAGUCCUUGAUAAAGGUCUUGAUCCAAAUUUUCAUGACCCUGACACCGGAGAGACCCCGCUGUCUGUGGCGGUGCAGUCUGGUCUGCCAGUGGAGGGCAUCAAGGUGCUGGUUCAGGGCGGCGCUCAUUUGGACUUUAGAAGCAGAGACAGCUUGACACCAGUGCACAAAGCUGUGAGGGCUCAGAAUCACGCUGGGCUGCUGGCUCUCUUGUCCCUUGGAGCGUCUCCUGACUACAAAGACCGCUGUGGCCUGACCCCGCUGUACCACACUGUGCUGACAGGGGGCGACACGUCCUGCUGUGAGACCUUGCUCUACUACACAGCGAGACUGGGGACAAGGGAUGAGAAUGGCUGGGAUGAGUCCCAUCAGGCUUGCCAGAAUGGCUUUGCCCAGCACUUGGAGCAUCUGCUGUUUUAUGGGGCAAACACCACUUCUCAAAAUGCCUCAGGGAACACUGCACUUCACAUUUCUGCCCUGUACAACAAGGAGAGCUGUGUCCGCGUUCUUCUGUACCGGGGAGCAAACAGGGAGGCAAAGAACAAACAUGGCCAGACCCCCUUUCAGCUAGCUGUAGUUUCUGGUCACUUUGAACUCGGGGAAAUCAUCAAAAACCACAAAGAUUCUGACGUAGUGCCCUUUUUGGAAUCGCCAAAGUUUGUUCCCAAAAGAAAAGAGAGCGCCCACACACUGCCUCUCCCCUCGCUCCAUUCCCACCACCUACUGCGUGCUAACAGUGAUAACACCAUGACCCAGUCUGAACCUCUGGCCCUCCCCAACAAGGCUGCAACCAAUCCCAACCCAGGACAGGCCCAGCGCAGGGCCUCCAUCGGCAUGAGAAGCUCCAGCAGCCCCAGAACUCGUACCCGCUCCCCAUCCAGAGGGAGAGGAGGCCAAAGUGACACGGAGGAGAGGCACCGGCAGCCGCGAGGUAGACAGGGAGCAACCUCUGCGGGCAGCGGGGGAGGUCACAUAAAGCGUAUGUACAGUGCGGUGCCGGGGCGGGUGUAUGUGGCCACACGCGCCCACUCUGCUGGUGGAGACAGGGAGCUCUCAAUCAGCAAAGGGGAUAAAGUUAAAGUAUUGAGUGUAGGAGAAGGGGGAUACUGGGAGGGAACAGUGAAAGGACGCACUGGCUGGUUCCCUUCAGACUGUGUGGAAGAAGUGGCGGCUCUCACCAGAGACAAUCGAUCAGAGACGCGUAGCGAGAAAGCCAAGAGGAAGCUUUUCCGAAACGUCACUGUUGGAGCCUACGAUGGCACCGACGGCCCCAGUGACUACAUCAUUAAGGAAAAGACAGUGCUCCUACAGAAGAAAGACAAUGAGGGCUUUGGCUUUGUGCUUAGAGGAGCCAAAGCUCAGACUCCCAUAGAGGAGUUCACUCCAACGCCAGCGUUUCCCGCGCUGCAGUACCUGGAGUCCGUCGAUGAAGGGGGUGUGGCGUGGAGGGCGGGCCUGAGGAUGGGGGAUUUCCUCAUCGAGGUCAACGGCCAAAAUGUGGUGAAGGUUGGCCACCGGCAGGUGGUCAACAUGAUCCGACAGGGAGGCAACAGCCUCAUGGUGAAAGUUGUGAUGGUUGCUCGGAACCCUGAGCUGGAGGAUACCACCCGGAAGAGGGCCCCACAGCAGACGAAGAGACUGACUCCUCCUGCCAUUGCCCUGCGCUCCAAGUCAAUGACAUCAGAGCUGGAAGACAUGGUGGACAAAGCGGCCUCUCCAUGGAAAAAGAAAGCAGAUUACGAGUCCUCUCAGGGUCCUGAUAAGAAGAGGACAGUCUAUCAGAUGGCACUAAAUAAACUGGAUGAAAUCUUGGCUGCUGCCCAACACACUAUUACAUCAGACAACCAGGGCCAGAGGGGUCAUGGAGGCAAGAGGGACCGGAGCAAGAGCAUUGUUCCCAAUGUCUCCAAUGAGCAACCCUAUGAGCAGCAGUCAGCCAUGAGCAUGGUGCAGCAAGGACCAGGUUUUGGCUACAACCAAGCUCAUUUUCAACCAGGCCACGGUCCUCAGCAUGCAGUCAUGAUGCGUCAAAAAUCUAUUGGUGUAACCGAGGAGGAGAGGCAGUACUUACACCCCCCUGCUAUGAAGCUGGCUCGCAGCCUGUCAGUGCCGGGACCAGAGGAAAUCCCCCCACCCCCUAACACAUCUGCUCCAGAACCACCUUUAUCUGCAGGCCCUCAUCCUGUGAGAGGGCCUGCUAUGCCCAUACCCCCUGUAUCUCAAGCCCACUACCAGGCCCACUCCCAGCCAGGGCCUUCUACUCAAGCUGGCUGGGAGAGGGGAGGCACUGGUGGGAUGAACCAGCAGGCCAUGGUCCCUACUCUCAGGAGACAAUCGGAGGGACCGGAGGCAUCCAGGAGAGGUGGUGGCAAGAUGGGAGGGUUACGGAGAGGCUAUAGCAGCGCUACGCCACCAACAAGCGCUAAACCUAAGGCCCCACAGGCACCGCAACAUCAAGCGCACACGGCCAACCGGGAGCAGGCUGGAGGAGUUGGCAGGGGCGGAGCCAGGAGGGGUGGUCGAGGGGCUCUGAUGAAGCAGUCAAAAGUGGAAGAUGGGCUGCGACAGCAAAGAGUUAAAGGAGGUGCUGCAAAAGAGAAGAGCUCGAUCCCCAUUCCUACCAUUAUCGUCAAAGCACCCUCAACAAGCAGCAGUGGCCGUAGCAGCCAGGGAAGCAGCAUGGAAACUGAUACCUCCCAUGAUGUAGUAGACCACACCUCAGCUGAUGCAACCCCAGACAUCCCCAACACCAGUCUACCAUCACCACUCACCUCCUCACCACCUCAGCCCCCGACAUCCUCUUCCUUGCCUUCGUCAACUGUCGCCCCCUCUGUUUCCUCAAAUCAAAACCUGGAAAACUUGGAUUACACUUCAAUUUUUGGUACAGCCUUUGGGGGAGGAGGAGGGGCACGCAGAGAAAGAGAACGUUUUCGAGAUAUGAGAAGAAAGAGCGCUUCUUUCUUCCUAUCAUCUGAGGAGGAUACUCAAGGAGAGGCAGGAGGAGGAGCAGGAGAUGGAGGAGGAGCACUAGGGGUAAGAAUUCAGCCUUUGCAGGGCUCACAAGUGGAUGUACCCAUGCCUCGACUCCGGCCCUCGAAGUCUAUAGAUGAGGGCAUGUUUUCUGGAGACAACUACGUCAACUAUUCCAGCAGCAUGCCCCCAGCCUUUGGCCUGCCUGAGUAUUCCUCCCCUGUCCUUGGUCAGGAUGGACAGCCCAAGUCUGCCCCCUCAGUGUAUGGCACCCAGCCAGCUACUACUUUCAUCCAUCCGCUUACAGGAAAAGUUCUCGAUCCUUCAUCACCACUUGGCCUGGCCCUAGCUGCAAGAGAAAGAGCCUUAAAAGAUGACCGCCGGACACGCCGAGAGGACAGACACUUUGGUCGGCAGAUGUCCACUGUGGGAGCAUUCCCAACCCCUGUUCAGACCCCAGCUCCUUCCCUAUUUGCAACCCCCACACAAUCGACUUACACUUCACCUGUGUCGCUCCAACUAAGCUCCACCACCACCUCGCCUGCAUCUCUGAGCCGGCCACAGUCACCAAGGAUAUUACGUUUGGGAGGAGGAGGUGGGGAUAGGACUGAGAGAGAAAAGGAAGGAGGGCCCAGAGAGGGUCUUCGAGUUCGCUUUUCAGAGGACAGAACCAAUCAAUAUUCAUCCCAGUAUUACCCACAGAGUCCCAGGGAGAGAGAAAGAGAAAAGGAGUUGUACGACAGCAGACCUGCUUCAUCCAUACAGCCUCCUCCACCUCCGGCUCAACCUGCCCCCCGCAGACCUUCCUUUCUGCAGAUGGACAGCACUUCAAACACCAGCUACAUCCCUCAGUACACUGUCCCCACAGCCCCAGCACAGACAGAUCAAGCUAUGGGGGAUGUAAGAGUAGGGUCGGGUGGAGGUCUAGGACUGAUGGUUCUCCCUCCACCAGCUCCGUCAAUAGACGCAGAUGAUGAGUUUGUUUUUGCAGAUCCCUUGCCCCCUCCUAUACAGUUUGCUAAUGGUAAAAGAGAGAGAGGCCAAGAGUUUACUCAGCGCCAUCAACAUCCAAGUCAACACUCUGCUGCUGUUGCUCCACCUCCCCCACCACCUCUUCCAUCUCCCAAGCCCUCAAAUGUUCCCCAAUCCUCUUCACAGGGUGGUGACUCUGCUGCCUCCAGCCUUACCUCCUAUGACAGCGAGGUAGCCAACCUCACACAGUCAGCUCUCUCUCCAUCUUAUCCAUCCCCUCAGAUAUUUCCCCCUUCCUCCACUACUACCACCACCUCUAUUGCUGCUCUGCCUCCUUCACUACACAGACCUCAGCCCAUGUCCCAUUCUCAUGCCUAUUACAGCAGCGUUAAUGACCCCUCAGUAGGUGGCCACACUCUUGCCCAGGACAGAGGUACGGCGGCCCUCACCACCACCAUGACAUAUGCUACCACAACCAUGACAGCCACUGUUGCCGCCACCACUACAACCUCACCUGCAUCCUCUGACUACAGCAUCAGCCUGGCUGGGCCCAAGGCUGGCCUCACCGCCGGGGGUAAAGCUGCAGACCACACUCAUCACACCAAUAUUAUAUCCAAGAGCGGAGACUGGCAAGACGGUGUGGUGGAUUCUGGGAUUGAGGAGCUGGACAGUCACAGCAGCAGCGACCACCAUUUAGAAAUGCUGGGACUGAGUGGUUUGAGAGGAGAGAGGGGAGGGGUUGGAGGAGACGGGCGAGGAGGAGAGAUGGAGAAAAGUAGCGAACAUCAGGAUCCUUGUACAACCUACUCAGGUGGGCAAACAUUUGAGGUGCACAGUGCCAAACUGGCAAACCCUGUGUUUCCAAAGAUGACUCAUUACAAGGAGGGAGGAGGGAGGGGCCAGUCUGUAGCACUACGCAGGCAGAACAGCACCAACCCUGCUCCACUGCAGUUGCACAGACAAAGCAACCUAGAGGACGCCAGGCUAGAUGAAGCUCUCAUAGAUGAGAGGAAGCAGAGUCGAUCCAAAAUGGAAGAUGGCUUUAGCACAGCUCUGGCCGCCUGCUUAGAAAGACCUAUUGACACCCGAUCGGUUGGCUGGGGUGAGGUCGAGGAGCAUGAGCAAGGUGGAGGAGUCCAAAGAGGUGGUAUGGUCUUGGAGGGCCGCAGGCUGCACUCACCUCUUUCUGGUGUGAAGGCCAGCAUCAUUACUGAGCUAAGCUCCAAGCUACAACAGAUGAGUACCAUGAAGAGUAUGGAUGACUGGAGCCACACUCCAAAAUCACCCACCAUGCAUAGGUAUUCAGCAGAUUUUACUGAUGCGUAUCACAGCCCCCCCACCGGCCGCUCCACCUCGCCAUUACCCACCUACUCCCCACAGCACCGUCAGAUCCUGACACCCAACCUUUCAGCCACCCCUUCUAUGUCCCCUACUCCUCAAGUACCAGUUCAGCGCAGCUGGACCCGAUCCCCUUCCCCACAGAUGCCUACAUCUCCGGUUCUUUCCCACCCUCCCCAUUCCCCGACCUACUGCCCAUACCCAACAUCGCCGAAGCAUCGCUCCAAGUUCCGUAGACAGACUUUUGAUUUCCAGUGCAGUCCCACUAAGGAGAUGCGGUCCUCAGUCUCUAGGCGCCGUGCUCCAAGCCCUCUCAUCUAUAACACCGAACAACCAAACUCCACCCCGCCUAGGCCCUCCUCACUCCCCAUACUUCCCACUACACCUGUCUACAACAACCCGUUUGACUUUCCCGGGCCCCUCACUCCUCCUUCACCUGGCCUCCCUCUAGGAGACACCUACCAGGCCUCAACACCUCCAUUGUACUCCCCAGCCGGUGUUCCAAGCCAAAAUCCCCUACUUGUCUCCCGCUCUCUCUCCCCCACCCACUUUCUCUCUGGAGCCUCCUCCCCAAUGCAUUUGCCCCUCAGCCCAUCUUGUCUCAACUAUCCCCAUCUCACCCCUCCUCCACCAGCCAAACCCUUUGCCGUCAAACCCCUGCCCUUCUGGACCAAGUACGACGUUGCAGACUGGCUGGCUUAUCUAAACCUGAGUGAACACAGGGAGCGUUUUAUAGACAAUGAGAUUGAUGGAUCGCAUCUGCCUUCGCUCACCAAGGACGACUUCUUGGACCUGGGAGUGACACGCGUGGGACACCGAAUGAACAUCGAGAGGGCACUGAAGAAACUCACUGACAGGUGAGGGAGGACCACUAGACUCUGGAACACAUAGAGGCAACGGGAUCAAAAGGUCAAAAAGGAAGGUGAAGGAAAGUCAAAGUGUCUCAUUCCUUCCAUAGCUGGACCUUCCCCUUUGUUCAUUCGAUGCAUAUAAUUUGAUAAGUUAUUCCAUCUUCCCUCCAUCCCUCUCUCUCUCUUUAUUAAUCUGUUUUAUCAACCCUAUUUAGUUUGCUUCAUCUUUAUUUCAUUUCUGCCCAUUCUUAUUCUUUGAUUUGCCCUCCCUCUCUUCCCAGGCGGCUCUCCUCUCCUUUGCAUCUCACUACUUCUCCCCGAGACACAGACUGAGAGAGCGAAGGGGAGGGACUGAACAGUGGACAUCAACAGGCUGAAUUAAGACAGUUCUGGACAUGUGGGGGGGGGCUAUUUCAAAUUUGCUUCACAUGUAAAGACUAUUGUUAUGAGACUUGUGGAUUUCUGGUCAAGAAAGGGUAUGAAGAAAUGAAGAGGAUACGAAAACAACGCUCUCCAACUGAAAGAUUCUUUAAAACUUUUGACGGACAGGCAUUUAAUUAACACACCGUUUUGUGCUGUAAAAGACGGGUACGCUCACAUCGAAUGACGGAUGGAUUCUCGCACCGUCUGCAGCUCAGCAGCACUGAGAAAACUUUGGUCUGUGUUCGAAGACAAGUUGAAAAGGUGCAUCUUAAAGGGUGAACCCCUAUGAAGUGUUGUUUUCUGGUGAAAAGAGAAACAUUAGAGCCACAUCAUGACAUCAGUUUUGUAGCUUUAAGUAUAUGGGUGUGAGUACUGCAGCCAAAGUCAGAAUAUGAGAUAAAGGGGUUUUGUUUGUAAAUGAUGCUAGAGGAAAUUGAUAGACAACAAUAGUAUUCUUUUUAUAUAUUUGCCAUAUACCCCCAAAGGAUUCCCCCAGUAGGCUUUGUAUGUACGUACUUUGCGAGCACUAAAUAUAUCUUACAUGUUAAACUGGAUUCACUAUUAGUAGAACCAUUUGUUUUGUACUAAGUGCUGAUCGCAAUCAUUCAUUUCAAACAGGUCAGGGUAUUUUAAACUGUUGAAUUGAAGGUAUGAAUAAUGAGGGCAUACAGAUGUUCAGACAAUGUUGUUAGGAAAUGAGCUGCUAUUAUUUUCCUAAUCAUUCUAUAGAAAAGGAGAGACAGUAUUUGAGAGCAACUGAAACAGGUCUGCAUGUCACUUCAAGCUGCAAAUCGCUCUUUAGACUUAAUGGGUGUUCACGGCCAUAGCACAGGUCAAGGGAUGGAUCCAUCCUCUCUGAUGCCAUAAUGUUGAGCGCUCUCUCUCACACAGCAGGUGAUCAAAAAGGGCUUUUUACGGCUACUCUGUCUGCCUGACUUCCUCAACCUUCAGCCCCUGUGAGUCCGUGUGUGUCUGAUUUUGUGCGUGCGUGUUCGUCGGCCUGCGUCGGUGGCUAAAUGCUUCCCCUGACCUACACCUUUUUCGAUUUCUAAGGCCUUUUCCAAAACAUAUUUAUAACAGUCAGCGAACAAGACUUUUCUCACCAGUUGACAAUCCCAGUGUUUCCCCUGUUCCACACAUAACCCUUCAAAAAGAAAACGCUCUGACCCACUUUAAAAAAAAGUUUUUCCUUUUCCAAAGUCAAAACUGUAUAUGUUUCAUAGAGGUGAACAUGAACACCCUGCAUUUUUUUUUUUUUUUUACAUGCCAGUUUAGCCGUUCCUUGCAGAGAAUUCAACACAUCAUUUAUAGAUCUAUAUGUAAUGAUGAUGAUGACAAUGAUAAAAAAUAUAGUAUAAUAAAGAUAAUAUUAUUAAGUAUUUAAUCAUUUUUAAGAAUCUCUGUCUUCCAGUUAGUGUGGACAAAUUCUUUGAUGCUUCGUUUGGUUUAUGUUUUAAUUUGGGGUUUUCAGUCAAUGCUUUCUCUACUGCUCUCCAGUGAAGCUGACACGUUAUUUAAUGUAUAUUCUCUCUAUGUGAGUUUACAAAUAACGACUCUGUUCUCAUGCUGAGUUGCCUCGAUGCUUUUACACGAUGGAUGCUAUUCCAGAGAAGUGGAAGGACUGAGCAGUAGUGUAGAAAGCAUAACAUGCUAUGAAUUAAAGAGUAUUUUAGGUCUAGCAUAAUGCAUUAUGAAUAUGACUUCAUGCAGUAUGAGUGUAAGUAUGCAGAGAUAAAAAGGUAUAUAUAUAAAUUAUAUAUAUAAAGUUUUGUUUUAACUAAAACAGUAUAAAAGUUGA